AUGGCUGACCUACCACCUGAUCGACUAAACACACCGCCACCAUUUACAAAUGUUGGUUUUGAUGUUUUCAGACUCUGGACCAUACGUACAAGAAAACUACAAGGAGGAACAGCAAACUCAAAGAGAUGGGGUCUGGUAUUUACUUGCUUAAACUGUCGAGCCAUUCAUAUCGAGAUUUUAGAAACAAUGGAUACAAGCUCAUUCAUUUGUGCUCUGAGACGUUUCUUCGCUAUUCGGGGACCACUAUCAGUGCUAAGAUGUGACAGAGGAACAAAUUUUGUUGGUCGUAAAUCUGAACUGGAUGAAGCCAUGAAAGGGAUGGACCAUAGAGAAAUUGAAAAAUAUGUAAUCGAACAGAAAUGUGAGUGGAUAUUCAAUCCUCACGCAUCCAUCAUUAUUUUGGGAGCGGAAAAUUGCUACUAUUAG